AUGGCUGAACGUCAAGAUAAGAAGAAAAAAAAGGAGAAGAAGAAGAACAGCAAAUCCAAAAAGAUAUCAAAGAUCAAAGCUGCAGAAGAGAAAGCUGCUAAACAAAAGGAAGCUUGCAUUAAGGAAAAAUUUGACAAAUGGGAAGAGGCAUGGGAAAAGAAAUGUCAAGAGCAGGAUGAACUUGAUGAUUACAGAUGUCGCCUGCACAAAGGAUUAUGUUUGAAACCAAAGACGCAAUCAAAUAUUUGGGUAAACGUAAUAGAAGAUAAAAUGACACAGGAAUUGCACAUGGCCAUCAAACAAGUACCAGUACCCAAACCAAAGCCUCCUCCGAUUCCAAAAUUAAAAAGAAUGGAAAUUUUAUCGAGCUGUGAAGAAACGGCCAACAAGAUUACUAAGAUGAAUAAAAAGAAAAAUAUUGUAAAAAAGAAAAAAAAAGGAAAGAAAAAAGGAUAAAAAGAAAAAAAAAAAAUUCAUUUGAAUAAAUUGAGAAUUUAUUCUUUUUUUUUCUUUCUAAUUUAUUAAAACUACAUUAAAUAUUAUUAUUAUUAUUACUAUUAUUAUUAUACUUAUAUUAUAUAUGAGAAUAUAUUACGUAUAUAUAAAUAAAAUAAUACGUAAGGUUAAUAUAUCCGGUAUAGUCUAGUGGUUAGGAUACCUGGCUCUCACCCAGGAGGCUCGGGUUCGAUUCCCGGUACCGGAAAAUUUAUAUAUAUAUAUGUUUUAUAUAUAUAAUAAUUUUUUUUACAUAUAAUAUAAUACAUUUAUAUAUAUAUAUAUACAUAAAAAUUUCCUAUAAUUAAACAUAGUUAUAAUUAAUUUUGCUGUUGUACUAUUCAAAC